AUGAUUAUUGAUCGCGUUUCCACAGCCCUUCGAGGAGAACCUCCUGAUGCUGAAGUUGAUGAUGCAGAAGAGUCUUUGGAGGAGAGCAGUGAUGAGAUGACUGACGGUGAAGAGCCUGAUGACUUGAUGACCCUAAGUCAGGGAAUUUCUGCGAGGGAUACCUCUAACCAAGUUACUAAACUCAUCCGAAAGCAUAAGUUAUCCAUGAUUUGUCUUUCGGAAAUGAGAGCCGAUGAAACCCGGGUUAAUCUCUUCUGUCGUCGUCUUCCUAGUUCUUGGGAUUGGACGGCAAUCCUUGCAGAGGGGUAUUCAGGUGGAAUUCUGGUCGCUUGGCAGAAAUCUCUCUGUAAGGUUACUCCAAUUGCCAUUUCUAGGCGUGCUCUGCAUCUCAUUAUCUCUUCGGAUCAUAUGGGUAAUUGUAUUAUUUCUGUUAUUUAUAAUUCUUCUCAUUUCCAUACUCAAUGUUCUUUGUGGAAUGAGUUGUCCAGGAUCUCCCCUGUGUUGGUUCCGUGGCUUAUUAUUGGUGACUUUAACGCCAUUUGUAAUAGGGAUGAGCAUAUGGGUGGUUCUUAUUCCUAUUAUGCUCGUAAGGCCCGUCACUUUGUUGAUUUUAUUGAGAAUAAUAAUCUCCUCGAUUUGCAUUUCUCUGGUCCCAGGUUUAUUUGGUGCAAUAAGCAAUCUGGGACGGCUAGGCGUUGGGCCCGUCUUGAUAGAGGAUUGAUUAAUUUGGAUUGGUCUUCGAAGUGUAAUUCGUAUACUCUUAAGCAUCUUCCUAAGAUUUUUUCUGACCAUGCUCCUCUUUUGCUUAUUAUUAGGUUUGCUAAUAGUUAUUCUCGUAGUCCAUUUCGUUUUAAUAAUUACUGGCUGGAUUAUGUUGGUUGUCAUUUGGCAGUCCGCAGAGCUUGGGAGUUCUCUCCUAAUGGUAAUCCUCUUCAUUCAUUUACUCAUCUUUUAUCUCGUUCCCACUCUAAUAUUUUGAAUUGGUGUAAAACUGGUCUAACUAAUCUUGAUUCUGACAUUCGUAGCAUUGAGAAUGUUAUUUCUACUUUGGAGUUGGCUGACUCUCUUGAUGUAGAGUCCCAGGUUCAUUUAGAGGAGAUGUAUGCUAGAUACCCUUCUCUCAAGAGACAAAACACCAAAAAAUGGGCCCAGCGUGCGUAUCUGAAUUGGGUACGAGAUAUGUCUGGUACUUUAAUUUCCGAUCGCACUGGUAUUGAGAAUGCUUUUAUGAAUUUUUACUCUCAUCUCUGGUCGAGCUCUCCUAUUGAUUCUUUCUCUAGUAUUUUGAAUGAUCUUCCUAAUGAUCUCCCCCAUCUGUCGACUCUUGAUUGUGACUUUUUGAUUAGUAAUGUUUCUCGGGAGGAGGCUGAUAUCGGUGAUAGUCUUUUUGCUGCUAUUAAUCAUUUCUUUACUAACUCUACUUUGCCGAGUUCUUGGGGUAAAACCUUUAUAGCCCUUAUCCCUAAGAAAGAUAAUCCUAGCUCCAUUUCUGACUAUCGUCCUAUCUCCUUAUGCAAUGUUUGUCUGAAGGUUAUUUCUAAAAUUCUGGCCAAUCGCCUGAAGCUUGUUCUCCCAAGUCUCAUCGAGCGUGAACAAGCUGGGUUUGUUUCGGGUCGCUAUCCCUUUGAUAAUAUCAUAGCCUUGCAGGAAGUUGUGCAUACCUUGGAAAAUGAUUGUAAAAACCCCCCUAGGAUGUUAAUUAAGAUAGAUGUGGAAAAAGCUUAUGACACCAUUAGCUGGAGUGCAAUUCUUGCUACUCUCAUCAAAAUGAAUUUCCCUUCUAUUUGGAUCUCUUGGAUAAAAACUUGCCUCACUUCUGCCUUUUUUGCUUUUCUUAUCAAUGGCAGUCACACCCCCUGGAUUAGCUCCUCUCGUGGUAUUCACCAAGGAGAUCCUAUCUCGUCCUAUCUUUUUAUUCUUGUUGCCCAAAAUUUUACUUUCAUGCUUAAUUAUGUCCUUACCAAUGGUCUGAUUCCAGGGUUCGAUAAUCGGCUUAGAAUUAAUUUUAAUCAUCUUAUGUUCGUUGAUGAUCUUGUGAUCAUUACUCAUGCCUCCAGAACUGCUGCUAGGUCUAUCAAGUUUUGUUUGGAUUUUUUUGGUAGAGUUUCUGGUCAAUUUCCUAAUGCCUCUAAAUCUGCUAUCUAUUUCCCUUCUUGGAUUAAUAAGCAUAUGGCCUCUAGAAUUCAGUCUAUUCUUGGGUUUUCGGCUGCCUCCUUUCCUUUUAAAUAUUUAGGGAUCCUUAUAUCUCCUAAGCGUAUGGCUAAAGCAACCUUUAAUGUUCUUACUGAUAAUAUUAAGUCUCGUUGCUCUAGAUGGAUGCAUUCCAAGCUUUCCCCUGCUGGUAAAGCUGUUCUUAUUAACUCUUCUUUGUUUUCCCUUCCCAUCUACUAUCUCUCAGUUUAUCCUAUCUAUGAUUCUAUCUUAAUGGAGAUUAAUAGAAUUGUUAGGAGAUUCUUUUGGAGCAAGAGUAGCAAUGGAAAGGGCAUCCAUGCUGUUGCCUGGAAUGAACUCACCAUUCCUAAACCUGAGGGGGGUCUUGAAAUCAGAAACCUUGUUCUUGCUAAACAUUCCCUUAUGGCUAAAAAUAUCUUUAAGUAUCUCAAUGAUGAUGACUAUUUCUGGGUUAACAUUUUGCAUGUUAAAUAUGGUUUGUUUAAUGUUUGGAGGGACCCUAUCCCGGCGGGCUGUUCUUGCUCUGUUAACCCAGAACAAACUUCUUUGUUGCAUCAUCCUUGGUGUUCUGAAAUUCCUUUCUCAUUAAAGCCUACAUACAUCAAUAUGUCUUUGGACCUUGUAUCCUUGAAUGUUGCUGAUUUCUGUAACAAUGGACCGUGGGAUUUUCAGAAGCUUGCUCUGUUAUUUGGUAAUUGUUUGGAUGAUUUUCUCCCAACUCUAGCCAUUAUUGAUGAUACUAACUGCAAUCAUUGGGUUUUGUCUCAUAAUGCUCAGAAAUGCAGUAUUUCGGCUAAUGUCUAUCAGUGUUUGAAUUGUUCCCGGGUUGGGGCUGAUAGCUGGGUUGGUUGGCAGAAGCUUUGGGGGUUAACUGUGGCACCUCAUGUCAAAAUUUUUUAUGGCUUUCUUUCAAGGAGCCUUGUCCAAGAUAAGCUUAAUGUUGCUAUUUCAUUCCCUGCUGGCUUCCGUUUUAGAGAGUGGCUUAUUUGUGCUUCUAAUAAUACCUAUGUUAAAGCUGUUGUCGUCGCCACAACAUGGUUUAUCUGGAAGAAUCGUUGUGAUAGAAUUUUUUGGAAUUACUCUGUUUCCAGUCAGGUUAUCAUUUCUCGGGCUAUUGCCCAUGCUAGGGAUUUUUCACUUGUUCAUGCUGAUCAGUUUGGGUGGCGGUUGCUCCUUAAUAAUUUCACUAUGAAUGAUGGUCCUUUUCUAUUCAUUGCCAGCUUCUGGAGUGAGGCUUCUGAGGUAGGCGGUGCUGGUUUAUUUUGUGUUUCCACUAAUUGUUCUGGGUUGGUUGCAGGUGCUUGUCCUAUUCAUGCCAUAAGCGAAGCGGAGCCAAACUUAUUGGCAAUCAACCUUGCUCUUCAAGCCAUGGUGGACACUGGGAUCAUGAUCAGGCAUCUCUUCAUCACGUCCCCUGCUGCUGCCAAAUCGCUCUCUUCAAACCACAUCUCUAUCCGGAGUCUUCAAACUUGGAUCCUCGGCAUCAAUCUUCUCUUGAAUACCGCGGGGCAUCCUUGUGUGCAUGUUAUUCUUAAGCUUUGGGCCUCCCCUGCAUUCAAGCUAGCAUCCUUUGCUAUCAAUUUGCACAUGCUGACUCUGUUCUUCCAGGGACAAGACUUGCCGCACUGGGUUAUGUUAGCCUUCCGUAAGGCUGGUUUUGUUUUUUGA